GGCCCUCCCCCGCCGCACCCCGCCCCGGCGCGAGAGGAGAGCGCGAGAGCCCGAGCCGCGGGCGGGCGGGCAGGCGCCGAAGAUGGCAGAGGCGCCGGCCUCCCCGGCCCCGCUCUCUCCGCUCGAAGUGGAGCUGGACCCGGAGUUCGAGCCCCAGAGCCGACCGCGUUCUUGCACUUGGCCCCUGCAGAGGCCGGAGCUCCAGGCGAGCCCGGCCAAGCCCUCGGGGGAGACGGCCGCCGACUCCAUGAUCCCCGAGGAGGACGACGAUGAAGACGACGAGGACGGCGGCGGCCGGGCUGGCUCGGCCAUGGCGAUCGGCGGCGGAGGCGGCGGCGGCGGGAGCGGCGCGCUGGGCUCCGGGCUGCUCCUGGAGGAUUCGGCCCGCCUGCUGGCUGCCGGAGGGCAGGACCUCGGGCCCGGGCCAGCGCCCGCGGCGGGCGCGCUGAGCGGGGGGACGCAGACUCCGCUGCAGCCCCAGCAGCCGCUGCCAGCGCUGCAGCCGGGGGCGGCUGGGGGCUCAGGGCAGCCGAGGAAAUGCUCCUCGCGCCGGAACGCCUGGGGGAACCUGUCCUACGCCGACCUGAUCACUCACGCCAUCCAGAGCUCCCCGGACAAGCGGCUCACUCUGUCCCAGAUCUAUGAGUGGAUGGUGCGCUGUGUGCCCUACUUCAAGGAUAAGGGCGACAGCAACAGCUCCGCCGGUUGGAAGACCCUCAGACUGACACACGAUCUACAGAGAGAACCCUUUGCCAACUCUGCUCUCAGCAAGUGGACAGUGGUACCGUUUACAGCUUAACACCUUUGUGACGCCCGCGCGUUUUCCUGACCCAGCAGAGACUGCUCCUGGCCCCGACCCUGGGCGCACCACUUGCCCUGGAACAGAACUCUACAGUAUGCAAAACCUUCCUCAGACGGGGGGCCGAGCCACCUGCCAUCAAGGACAGCGCCUGCCCGCCCGUCGGCACCGCCCACCGGCCCACCAUCCUUCUCAGCACACCCGGAGGCCCUGUUGGCGAGUCUCUGAACACCACGAUGGUUGAUGGGAUGUUUUAAGUGUUGUUUUUGUGUUUGUGUUCCUUUGACUUUCCGAGUCUCUCACAUGCAUUCACGUGCAGUGUUUCUCCAUUGCAAAUGGUAACCGUCCUCCCCCUGGCCAAUUUAAAAGCAGAAGGAAAAUGUUGCACCAGUCACCGUUACGGCUUUGGGCAUCACACGCUUUUGAGGCCACGGAACUCCAUAAACUAGCACAUCACAUAAACCAGAGGGGGAUUUUCUUUCUUCUUUUGUUGGGUAGAAAAUUAUCCUUUUCUAAAAACUGAACAAUGGCACAAUUGUUGGCUACGUGCGCCUGUCCAGGACUGAGCCGAGCGCAGGUGGGACAAGCGGAGCACAGCGCCCGACCCAGUGAGUCUGCAGGUCUGGGUCAGGCUGGUCCGCGGACCAGACCCCCAGCACCUGGCCUGCAGUGCCAGAGCAGUGAGGUGUGAGCCAACGCAGUGAACAGCGUGGGUCUGUCGGUGAGGCACUAGGAUCUUCUUCUUCAGGAAAGAAAUCAGCUCAGCUAUCCACUCGUUGCCAAAUGCCACUAAAGGGUUUCGUUUUAAGGAGAAAGGAAAAAGGGAAAAAAAUUUUAAAAAGGUGUCCUGUGUUGCUUUGCAGAAGGGAUGAGCUUACAGGGGAGUGUUAAGCUUGCAGUGAGAGAUGCGUGAAGAGUACAGCGAGUCCCUGCUAAGGCAGCUCUGACUUCCCUGUUCCUAGCUCCGCGUCCUUGGUGAUUUUCAGCCUUGCUGUGUAUGGUCUGAUCUGCCAGCAGUGUAUGAGUGAGAAGCAAUAGCAUACAAACUUCAUAUAUAUAUAUGUGUGUGUGUGUAUGUGUGUGUGUGUACAUAUAUACAUAUAUAUAUAUAAAGCUUAGGUUGGAAUAUUACAAGUGACACAAUGGAAGUACAAGAUAAGGCAGUUUUAACUUUUUCUUUAACUUUCUUGCUUCUGUGGAUUUCAUUUCUUUUCUUUUCGAAAAGUUAUGGUGCUGUAUAGGUGCUUUCUGUUAAAUCUGGAAAGUGUGAUCCUAUUCGUUGCCCUCUUUGGUAGACAGAGUGGUUGGGCACACCUGCGGUACCUGGGAAGCUGGUGCAACAGCGCUCUGAUUAGCACAGCGUAGGCAUACUCCUCCAAAGCGAUACGAAGACUCUGCAUAGAAAGCAUUAGGCACAGAAAUGUAUAGAUAUAUUUUACGUGUACAGUACACAAACAGGCGCUAGCAACACAGGCUGGUUCUUUGAGCACAGACUCCCCUGCCUGAGGUCCCUCUGAUGCUUGCAGUGUGGCCGUGGAUACCAACACAGCCGUGCCACCCUACUCCCUGCACCCACCGCUGGCCACCCGUGGCCCCCUGUGCACCUUUGCUUUAUAACUCCUCUGGGGGUGCUGUUGGUGGUGAUCACAGCUCCUAGCACAAUGAGCGUUCCAUCUGGUGUUGUCACACUUCUCUUCUGCCUCACUUUGGAUCCUCGUGUUUGAGUGAUGGCCCUGUUGAUUUUGCCCUGCCUUUACCCACUCUGUAAAUCGUCACACAGCUGUGGUUAUCGUAGACCUGUAGCAUACCAGCCUUUUUUAAACCGCUACAUGUUUAUAAUCUUCAUUUUAAAAGUAUGUAUAAUUUUUAAAAAUAAGUAUUCCAUUCCCAUGUUCUGCUUGUCGGAGAGCCAGACCUGCUUACUGUAUUGCUUUGUAACGAUGCCAGCCGCUUGCUUGAUUUUCCAGUAGUCUGCCAUAGGCAAGAACUGUUAGGUGUCACCUCGAGGGCUGCCUCCCCAGCUCCCCGAGUGCUGCCACUCUGGGCGGGACACAGUGCAAAGGCAGUGGCAGCAGCUGGGGACAGCGGGUGGUGAGAUAUCAAUCCAGGGGAAUCCCAGUGCUUCCAGCCGAGGGCCGUCAGUACCAAGAAGAGACAAGCCAGUGAACCAGGGAAAUAGCUCCGCGCCCUUGCCAUUUUGUUUUGCACCUGGCUGUUGCUUGGGGAGCGAGAGAGGCAGCCCUUCGGUGUGAUUUAGGUUUAAGAUGCUGCAUUCCUUGCAGAGCUGGGGCAUCUCAAACGAAUAUUCUCUUCUUGGCCGUGUGUGUCGGGUUUCAGGCAGAACAUCUUACAGAAUGUUCCAGGACCAGAGCACAGUUUCAUCUGAAAUGGGAGGGAAGGGCUGUGGGGUAUGAGGACAGGGCAGCCACAGAACAGGUCAGGAAAAUGGAGGGGGAAUGCUUUGAUUUUUGCUUGGUUGGUUGUUUCCUUUUUUAAAUAACUCAGCUAGCAUCUACGCAGAGUGUUGUGAAGAGCCGAGACUGAGACCGAUCAAGGACAGCAUCAGCUCUGUGAGCUCCAGCAGCCCCAGGAAAGGAUGGAAUAAACCGUGCAGUGUCUCCAGGAUCACACGGCAUCCCGCCACUCAGCUGGCCACCCACACACACAGAGAGGCCAGGCUCCCCUACACUAGCCUGGGUCUGAGGUGGCCAAGCCUGGGCGCAGGUGUGACCCGAGCCCCUCUGGCCUUUGUAACAAGACCACGCUUCCAGCAAGGGCCAACUGGUUGUUGGCCACCAUGUCACUCUCCAGAUGUCAUGGAUCCCUAACGAUGAGCUUUCUUUCUGAUCGGGAUCGUCUCAGCGGGGCCUGGCAGUGGGAGUGUUGAAAACUACCCAGGGUUACCCUGAACCUCUCCAUCGGCUGCUCCAGGGAGCUGCCUGCUUGGUGGCGAGAAGUUAGAAGAGGACCUGCUGCUGGAGCUGUGACAGGCGCUCUGGGGCUCUGCGACUCUCCCGAGGGCUCCGGAACCUGACACCUUGUACCAAAGCUAGAAAAGAGCUCCGACUCAAGCCUGCCCUGCCCUGGCAUGAGAACUGAGCACCAGGCUCCCCGCGCCCUGGUAACUGGGAGUGAAUCUGAAGCCGGCAGUGGAAUGAUGGGUGAAACGAAACUUCACGAGUCUGUCUGUCCCGUGAACGGGAGGGUCACGCGCACGUGCAGGGCAGGGCAGGCGUGGUGCUGGUUUCCGGUGUUGGUUUUUAGCACCGUGUGUGUGGCUUUCCCAUUCUCAGGAGAAGACUGCGUGGCUCACGACUCAGGACAGGUACGCCCCGUCUCAGGUGUGAUUUCAGGUGGCUUUCAGACUUGCACACAGCUUAAGCAAGGAAGAAACAGACUUUGCCUCUACCUGAUGGUGAACGCAACCUAAGGAAAGAGGGACGCUUGACUCUCGCAGAAAGACCGCCAAGGGCGAAGCUGUCUGCUCCACGUACUGCGCCAAGGACCGGACUGACGCGGGGAAGUAAACCGUGGCCCUUUCUCCGUAAAGAACCCCUGACAGCUCAGAGCUCGGACUUUCUUUUGCUUGGUGUAUUUGGGGAACACUGUACCAUUAGGCUUCAUGGGUUUUUGGUUUGUUUGGUUUGUUUUUUUUUUUUUUUUUUUUUUCUUUUUU